AUGCAGUCCUGCAAAGAAUUGCACAAACAAAGCCUCAACCUCGAGCAUUCAUGCAUUCUCUGCCCUCAUGAAUAUUGCUUCUAUUUUUAUGCCGGAAGUCACUUGAAAUGGCAUAAUUUAAAUCUAUUUUAUGAGAGCUUGUGAAGGAGCAGAAUAAUUCAAUUAAAGAAUUUUAAACGAAAAUCAUCGAUAGAAAUAUUAAGGAGAAGAUGAUAG